GCAGGAAGCGCCACUCCAGGUCCGGGUCUCGGUUCCCCAGUCUCUCAGUCCGUCAGCCCUACAGAGUUCGGGACCCCGAUGGCGAUGGCGGCUUCGGUUCCCGCCGUGUCGGACCUUGUGGCGGCCGCGCGGCGGCAGUUCGCGCGCUCUUUUGGGGAGGAACCCCCGCAGGUGGCGGUGUGCGCGCCGGGGAGAGUCAACCUGAUCGGGGAGCACACGGACUACAACCAGGGAUUCGUGCUGCCGAUGGCGCUCCCCCUGGUCACCGUGCUGGUUGGCAGUCCCACCCACAGCCAGGACGUUACCAUAGUAACGGUUUCAGAGGACGCCGACGAGCCCCGGGAGGUGUCUUUCAGCCUGGCUGGGGGCGAGUCGGCGCUGUCUCCGGGUGUCCCUCGCUGGGCAAACUACGUGAAGGGGGUCAUCCAGCACUAUGGGGCUUCUCCUCUCCCGGGGUUCAGGGCGGUGGUGGCCAGUAGCGUCCCAUUGGGGGGAGGACUGUCUAGCUCCGCCUCCUUGGAAGUGGCCGUCUACACUUUCCUGCAGCAGCUGAAGCCAGAUGGAGGUGACAACGUGGCCAAAGCUCUGUCCUGCCAGAAGGCGGAGCACACCCACGCCGGCGUGCCCUGUGGCAUCAUGGACCAGCUGGUCUCCAUCCUGGGCAAGGAGGGGCACGCUCUGCUCAUCGACUGCAGGUCCUUGGAGGUCUACCCGGUCCCCCUGGUGCUGCCCGGCCCGCUCAUCCUCAUCACCAACUCCAACGUGAAGCACUCGCUGGCGAGCGGCGAGUACGCUGUGAGGCGCCGGCAGUGCGAGGAGGCCGCCGCAGCUUUGGGGAAGAAGAGCCUCAGAGACGCCACCAUGAAGGAGCUGGAAGAGGUGAGGAGCAGACUGGACGACGUGAUCUUCCGCAGAGCUCGCCACGUCAUUGAGGAGACGGAGAGGACGCGUCAAGCUGCAGAGGCCCUGAGAAGAGGGGCCUACAAGGAGUUUGGGAGGCUGAUGGUGGAGAGCCACGACUCACUGAGGGAUCUGUACGAGGUGAGCUGCAGAGAACUAGAUGAACUGGUUUCUGCCGCCCUGGAGGUGGACGGCGUGUUUGGCAGUCGGAUGACAGGUGGGGGAUUCGGCGGGUGCACCGUGACUCUGCUGCAGGCCCACAGCGUCGAUAAGGCCAUCCUCCACAUGCAGGAGCGCUUCAGUGGGACGGCCACAUUCUUUAUCACCAGCCCUUCAGAGGGAGCCAGAGUUCUGCCCCUGUCCUGAUCCACUGGAGGACCACAACUUCUAAACAUCUGCUCUGCUUCAUGAGACUCUUUUAACAUCAUCUUCAUAUUUCUGACUCAAGGGGGGCCUCGAGGGCCGGUGUCCUACAUGUUUUUUCAACUAACCUGCCAUUGAAGCUCAUUAUUGGCUAAAUACACCUGAUCCAGGUAAUCAACAUCUUAUAAGGCGGAGUUUCUGGACACCCUGGAGGUCUAGAGUCCAAAAAAACUGUUCUAAAGGACUUUAAAAAUAAUAAAUGGGGGAUUGUGAUAUGA